AGUAAACUUCCGAAGAAUAUAUUUAACUUCACUAUCCGGUAUAUAAAUAACACUCUUCCGACUCGCAAAUACCUUCUGAAAUGGGGAAUAUCACCAACAUCCGAAUGUUCGUUUUGUUUGAAUCCAGAAUCACUUCUUCACGUCGUCGCUGGAUGCAAGACCUACCUAAAUGAAGGACGUUUCACGUGGCGUCAUGAUUCGAUGCUUAACUUCAUAGCAUCCAUACUUAAAUCUGUGAACCAUUGUAACCUUUAUGCUGACCUUCCUGGCUAUAUCAGUCCAUCUGUUAUCACCGGAGAUGAAUUGCGCCCUGAUCUUUUGAUAACACUUGAAAACAAAUGUAUUUAUAUACUUGAACUUACCGUCGGAUUUGAAUCUAAUCUCCUCACUAAUGCAACUCGAAAAAGACAAAAAUAUCAAGAUCUAAUUAACGAACAGCUCCAAAAUUGUGAAAAAGUAAAAUUUGUAAAUUUAUCAAUUAGCUUAUUACGAGUUUUCAGCAACCCGUCGCUAGAUUUCACCGAAAUGCUGAAGGAUCUAAAGUUUGAUGAACAAUGUAGAAA